AUGUCGUCGAUUCCAGCCUAUCCAUGUGAUCAGUCGUUUGGCAGCACAGCAGUGAGCUACUUCUUUUUCACGUUUCCAUUUAUGGAAGGCACUGUAUUUGGAUGCUUGUGCAUCUAGACAUGUCUUUAUUACAGUGCGAUUACGCCAACUCCGUUCGCGGCUACCGCCACAACGAAUGGUUCAGUUGAUACCGAGGGCACUUCAAAAAAUAAUGGCAGUGGCUCGAAUCGAGAUCGUGUGAUAGGCAAAAAUUUCUUGACUCGACCGAUCUGUGUGCAGACAUUCUCCACUGCCACCAUGCCCAGCCAUCUGGUCAUCUCGGACAGUUGUGGCGGCGUUUACGUUACGGACUUUGAAGGCAGAAUUAAAGAGCACGUAUUGGUGAAGAACUCAUCGGCAAGUUCAGUGGCCAUUGAUGAGAAGAACGAAGUGAUGUGCGUCCUGACUUUCCUUUUAACAGCUUUUCUUUCUUUUUCCGGUUUUUCGUUCCUUCUCACUCACUUUGUUCUAUUCAUACCUGCGCAGCCAUCCAAAGGUGUUACCUUAUCGUUUAUUACUCUCCAUUUAUUUGGUAUCUCUCUUCGUACCUUGUUUUCUACCGUUCACUCUUUACUACCUCACUUUCUUCCCUCUGCAUACAUUUUUCUUUGUUUCGUUCUGUCCCGUGGUCGCUUUCUUUUCAUCCGGUUCUCUUUGAUCGCCUUGCUUUCUGGAAGGCUUUUAUUUAUUAGGUUGGAAGGAAAGUCCUGCAACGAAAAAUUUGAGGCGUCAGCGAUUUGUAUCAACAGUGUGAACACGUUAGCAGGGGUGACAUACUUGUAG